AUGACUUCACCGUCACUGCCUUUAGAAUUAGUAGAAGAUGUACUUUACAAAAUUCCGAUCGAAUCUUUGGUACGAUUCAAAUCCGUAAGCAAAGAUUGGCACGCUCUCAUCAAAGACAAGAGAUUCAUCUACAAGCUUUUGGAUCUCUCCCAUGAACGAUGCAUACUAGUCGGUCAUAAAGCAAUACAACUCUCCAGUAUGAAGAUCAAUAACGCUCCCUUAUGUGUACCAGCCCCAGAAAAGUUACACGAUUAUACCCUUAAAGCAAUCAUUCACUGUGACGGAUUAUUGCUAUGUAAGUGUGAUGAGGGAGGUGAGCAUGAUAAUGGUCGAAAGCUCGCAGUUUGGAAUCCGUUUGUGAGCCGACUCAAAUGGAUCGAACCCUCGACUUAUUACAAAUACUUUGAUGUCUUUGCUUUUGGAUACGACAGUGUAUCUCGUGACAACUACAAGAUCUUGAGGAUCGAUAUGGGGAUCAAAACUGAGAUAUAUGAGUUUAGAUCCAAACUCUGGAGAAGGGUUAGAGCUACUGUGGACGAAUACCAUAGACUGUGCCAAGCUAUGUCUAUGAAUGGGAACAUGUAUUGGGUUGCUCAAACAAAGAGUAAUGACUCCAAAAUAGAAUUCAUCCAAAGUUUUGAUUUUUCUACAGAAACAUUCAAGCCCAUAUGUGUUCCAGAGGAAACAGAUCGUUUUCAUGGGUUUACUGUUCAUAGAGUACUCUUGUCAGGUUACGGGGGAGAUAGGCUUUCUUUAUUACAACAACAUACACAUUUGAAGAUUGAGGUGUGGGUUACAAACAAGUUGACCGAUGGGGAUGUCUCGUGGAGCAACUAUUUCAACGUAACUCUCGCUCAUCUCCCAAUAUUACCCUACCGUAACGAUUGUCGUUUUCUGGCAUACUGCAUCCACAAGACCAAAAAGAUUAUGUUAUGGGUCGAGGAAGUAGAUUACAACGAGGCAUAUGUGUACACAGAUGUUUACGUAAUGGGUGAGGGUGAGAUAGACAAACAAGUUGAGGCCACAAUAACGCGUACAUUGCAUGAUCAAUCUUGUAAUCAUGUAUAUGUUCCAAGCCUAGUUCCAGUUCCAGAUUAA